AUGCGCGUUGCCAUCAUCGGCGGCGGUCCUUCGGGUAUCGUACAACUCAAGACGCUUACCGAAGCCCAUCGGCGCUUUCCCGUCCCGCCCUUUGAGGUUCGACUCUUUGAAUCCCAAGACAGGCUUGGUGGUAUCUUUUCAAGUCAUAGCUACGAAGAGGCCGAGCUGGUCUCGUCGAAGUAUCUAACCACCUUCUCUGACUUUCGCGCUCGUAGCGAUGAUGACGAUUUCUUCACUACCGAUCGCUACCUCGAGUAUCUUGACGAUUACGCCACGCAUUUCAAGCUGUGGCCUUAUAUCAACUUGAAUACAUGGGUCAAGUCAAUUCGAAGAGGUAGCUCAAGUGAGCACAUUGUCACUUACCGGACAUUGACCGGCGAGGAGAUUGAGUGGGAAUGCGAUGCCAUUGCAGUUUGCUCCGGCGUGCACGCCACUCCGAAUAUUCCGGAUUUGCCAGGCGUCGAACAUGUCCCCGUCGUGAUACAUUCCUGUGAAUUCAAGUCCCGGGAGCAGUUUGGGAAGGGCAAGACGGUCAUGGUCGUUGGAAGUGGCGAGACUGGUGCAGAUAUUGCCUACUUGGCAGUGACAGGGGAUACGGACAGAGUCAUUCUAUGCCAUCGCGAUGGUUGGCUCGGAGCCCCAAAGGCAUUCCCUGGUCAGCGAUUUCUGCCCUGGCUCCUUGGCUCCAAGCCUUAUGAGUAUCCGCAGCUACCCCUCGAUGUAUCUCAAAUUACCUUGUUCGACUCCAUGUAUGUUCAUCCUAUGGUAAGAGACAGUAUGAUAAUAUGGAACUUUUACCAUUUCGUCGCAUUGCCUGCUGGGUGCUGGCUCUGCGGCGGUUCUCCAUAUGGCGUCGAUCAGUUUGUUGGCCAGAUUUAUAGUGAACGAUUUCACGCAUCACGAGUCUUCUUUAACAAAGCCUGGCAGCGCAUCAGCAAUCACGUCUCGGCUCCCUGGCGACCGUCCAAGUGGCCUCUUGCGACUCGCAUCCGUCGCUUCUUCUUCAACACCGAUAUCCCUCCCACCUCACGCAUAAUAGAAGUCGCACCAAUUCCUUCUCACAUCUCCAAGGACGGCACGGCUCACUUCCCUCUCAACGGCCGUCCAGAGUCUGUCCGCAUCAACGAGACCGUAGUCAAGCCAGACGUCGUUGUAUUUGCCACUGGCUACCUCCCAUCGUUUCCUUUUCUCAAUAAAUCCAGACAAACCAACGACAAGCCUUAUCCCACAGCGUGGCAUGCGGAUGUCAGGCAGAUCUGGAGCUCGGAUGAGCCGACAGUUGGCUUCAUUGGCUUUAUUCGCCCGGGGUUCGGCGCCAUACCACCUCUGGCUGAGAUGCAGUCCAUGCUGUUUACCAUGAACCUGAUGAAUCGAAUCCCUAAACCGCUUCAUCCCGACGAUGAGUGGCAUUAUCGCAUCAUACGCCCUCCUGAUGCGCGUGUCUUCUAUGGCGUCGAGCACGAUAGCUACGCAUAUCAACUAGCAAAGGAUAUCGAUGCAGCACCAACAUUCACAGAAGUGCUCAAGCUCGCCCUCCGUACGAAAAACGGCUGGAGGCUGCCGUACGUCUGGGCCGCAGGAGCAUGUUUCAAUACAAAGUUCCGCAUGAAGGGUCCGUGGAAGUGGGAUGGAGCUGGCGAGGUCAUGACUGGCGAAUUAUGGGAGACUAUCCAACGCCGUGAAGGUCUAUUUGGCAACAUUCCCCUCAGCAUCAUCCCAUUGAUAUAUCUCGGCCUCGUCAACCUCUCCUUCUUACUUUAUGCGCUCUUUUGGGGAUUUUUUGCAAAGCUGCGUCUAGCACGGCCAAUAAUUAUUCGCAAUGAACCGAAGCGAAUCAUGCAGGAGAUGGAACGCCUGCACCGCAAGAAAGAAAAUCGUUGA